GUUUCAUUAAAAUCAAAACAAAUAAAACAAUAAUACCUAAAGUUUUGAGAAUAUUUUUUGUGAUUUUCCCGAAUUUUCCAAAGUAAAAAUGCUUCCUAUUGUGCUAAAAAUCUCCAGAAUCACCCCAAAAGUUACAUCAAUGCCCAGGAUUGUAAGACUCCUUGCGUCCAGUCGUUCUCUCGGUACAUUUCAACCUGUGCAGGGAGUGCAAGGCAUUGAUGAUAUCUCUGAUCCGACAAUUGGUCAGAAUUUUGAAGAUUUCUCUCUCAGGAAGAGUAACAAACUCUACGUUAUUCAAUCAAAGCUGAAAUGCACUGAAGAAGAAGCUACAAAAAUGCUAAAGUGGUCAAAAGAAAUCCAGGCAACAGACUACAAGGAGAUCAGUGAAAAUCUGACCAUUCUGCUGAACCAUGAGGUAACUCCGGCAUGUAUAUUGGAGAAUCCGUGGCUACUUGUGGAGAAAAAGGCGACUAUAAGGCAGAAAAUCUUCUCAUUGAACGACAUGGAGCCAAAGCAACUGAGAGACUUUGUUCCUCUGCUGAGAAUUUCAUUGAUUAACCUCAUGAAGCUGCAGCAAAGGUACAAACAGGAAUCCUCGCAUAUUCCACAUAAGCAUAGGGUGUACUACCUCAGCAAUCAACUGGAGAUAGAACCUAGAAUUGUCUCCAAGUACCUAUCAUUGCGCCAAUUCAUCUUUUACCUCCCAUUCUCAAAAUUGCAUGCUUCUAUCUCGUUGCUGAGGAAAUACAAUGUCGCUCCGAUGAAUAUUCUCAAGGAUAUCUGGGUAUUACGGUAUAAUGCAGACUUAAUUCAGGAGCGCCUGGAUUAUGUGAAAAAGGUAGAAGUGAAGAGGACAAUGCCAUGGAUGGUACGAUGUCCAGAUUCAAUUCUUGACAACAGUUUGAAGAUCACGCAGGAAAAUCGAGCAAUUCUGGGCAGAAAUGAAACGGCUUUAGAAUACUUGUGUGAACGACUAGGCUACGAUCAGCAGACAAUGAUGUACAUCAUGUCCAAGCAUCCUGCAGCCCUUCGUGUAAGAGUGACAAAGAUCAAGGAAAUUCUGGACUAUCUUCUCAUUGAAGCCGGUUUCUCACCUCAAGACAUUGCUCAGGUGCCCCGAAUUCUCUGCCAUAGCCUAGAAACUACCCGUAGUCGUCUCAAUGAACUGAAAAAUCACGGAUGUACCCCAUCUACGCUUACCAUUGUCUGCAAGAGUCAACGGGAGUAUGAAAAAUUCGUCAAUAACUGGCUGUCUUGUCGUGAAAAAAUCAAAAUUAAGGAAAAGCUGGAUUCCCUUUGAAGUUCUCUACUUUAAUAAUUUCUUGUAAUAUAAUAAAUAACAAAUAAAUGUGCCUAAAUUA